UGUCGGAGGAUUUCUAUCGCCCGCUCGGGUUGCCACCUUCCCUUUAAGACAGCCUAGCUCACCUGUAGGCGCAGCUCACUCACCUGGCCCAGGUGGCUGCAGAGAGCGAUCGGAGAGGAGGAAGUGGGCGCAGCAGGAUGUCCGCCUCGGCAGUUUUCAUCCUUGACCUGAAAGGCAAGCCGCUCAUCAGCCGUAACUAUAAGGGUGAUGUGAGCAUGUCGGAGAUCGACUACUUCAUGCCACUCCUGAUGCAGAAGGAGGAAGAGUGCGCCCUGACACCACUUCUGUCCCAUGGAAAGAUCCACUUCCUCUGGAUCAAGCACAGCAACCUCUACUUGGUGGCCAUCACCACGAAGAAUGCCAAUGCCUCACUGGUGUAUUCUUUUCUCUACAAAGUGGUAGAGGUCUUUUCUGAAUACUUCAAAGAGCUGGAAGAAGAGAGCAUCCGUGACAAUUUUGUCAUUGUAUAUGAAUUACUGGAUGAGCUGAUGGACUUUGGGUUUCCACAGACAACAGAUAGUAAAAUUUUGCAGGAGUACAUCACUCAGCAAGGCAACAAGCUGGAUACAGGCAAAUCCCGUGUUCCCGCCACUGUCACCAACGCAGUCUCUUGGAGAUCGGAGGGCAUCAAAUACAAGAAGAAUGAGGUCUUCAUUGAUGUCAUUGAAUCUGUCAACUUGCUGGUCAAUGCCAAUGGGAGCGUCCUGCUGAGUGAAAUUGUGGGCUCCAUCAAGCUGAAGGUGUUCCUCUCAGGCAUGCCAGAAUUGCGCUUGGGCCUCAAUGACAGGGUGCUCUUUGAACUCACAGGGCGGGGAAAAAACAAGUCUGUGGAGCUAGAGGAUGUGAAGUUCCACCAGUGUGUACGACUGUCACGCUUUGACAAUGAUCGCACCAUUUCCUUCAUUCCACCUGAUGGAGACUUUGAGCUCAUGUCUUAUCGACUGAACACACAGGUGAAACCUCUCAUCUGGAUUGAGUCCGUCAUUGAGAAGUUCUCUCACAGCCGAGUGGAGAUCAUGGUUAAGGCAAAGGGACAGUUCAAGAAGCAGUCGGUGGCCAAUGGUGUGGAGAUAUGUGUGCCAGUCCCAAGUGAUGCUGACUCACCCAAAUUCAAAACCAGCAUUGGGAGUGCGAAAUACCUGCCUGAAAAGAACGUUGUCAUCUGGAACAUCAAGUCCUUCCCGGGAGGCAAGGAGUACCUGAUGCGGGCCCACUUUGGGCUGCCAAGUGUCGAGAACGAGGAACUGGAGGGUCGGCCACCCAUCUCAGUCCGGUUUGAGAUUCCCUAUUUUACAGUCUCUGGGAUUCAGGUGCGGUACAUGAAGAUAAUUGAGAAGAGUGGGUACCAGGCUCUGCCGUGGGUCCGCUAUAUCACCCAGAGUGGGGAUUACCAGCUCCGGACACAAUAAUCUUGCAAUCCAGCAGAUUCUGACACCCUCAAGAAUGAAGGAGACUGGAUGCCCAAAGGACCCUUUUAAACUUGGCUCUCUCUGAAGCAGAUUGUGUGCAUGUGUGUCCUUCUCCUAGAAUGCUGCUCUGUUCCUUUCUCCACUCACUUGCAAACUGAUUUGGUAAUGGACCACUUUACCCAGUGCCUGAAGGGGACAUCAUGGCCCCAUCUGUGUUGCAUCUGAAGUGGCAUUUGUACUACUUUGCAGCCUACAAGAGCAGUAGACCUGCUCUGAUGACAUGUCAACACGCUAUGCCUUGCCAGGGCUACUUGCUGGAGAUACAUCCAGGAGUAAAGCCUUCAUUCAGAACCUCUCUCCUUUAGAGGGUUCCCGUGAAGAGGAGUGGGGAACAUGUGGCCCUCCAGAUGACGUUCAACUGCAUUCCCGUCAGUCCUGCCCACUGGCCAUGCUGGAUGGGGCUGAUGUGAAUUGGAGUCCAGCAACAUCUGGAGGGACACAAGUUCCCCGUAGGUGCAUCGCUCCUUGUUCUGUGGUGUCUGGAGUGGAGCAUGGGAUGGGGCAGCAGGCAGAGCAUGACCUACAGUUGUAUGGAAGCUGGAACUGGAGGCCCUUUUUUUCUUAGCCCCAGUUCCUUAUUUGUAAAGUGAAAAUAGCUGCUGCCUACCUCUUGUUGUAAGAAUAUGUCACAGGUUACUAUUUUUCCUUGCCUUAGACCAUGAUGAGCUAUAAAUGUAAGUGAAAUAAAUAAAUGGUUUUCAAUGUGGAACCAU